AUGGCUUAUAUCUUAUUAUACGUGGAUGACAUUAUUUUCACGGCUUCCUCUGAUGAUCUUCGGUUAUCUAUCAUGGGUUUUCUUAGCUCGGAAUUUCCCAUGAAAGAUCUUGGGCCUUUAAAUUACUUUCAUGGAAUUUCUGUAUCUCGGCAUAAGGAGGGUAUGUUUCUUUCUCAACACAAGUAUGCCGAUAAAAUAAUUGAAGGGGCAAGCAUGUCAUCUUGCAAGCCUUCUCAUACACCCGUUGACACAAAACAAAAGCUUCUCGAUCUUCUACAGCUUCCGGAUUUUGAAGCGUCGAUUGGCAAUCAGCCAAUCACAGAUACAGCUUACGCUGCUGUUGCCAAUUCUUUUCUGUCUCCCGCUCAAAUUGCACGCCUUGCACCAGAAAAAAGAGUAUUAAGUUAA